AUGCGCGUCCGAGGCACCGGAACUCGACAAGCGUCUGCCCUACCUCGCGGCGAACGGCGUUUUGGUGCGGCAGCGGGUCAGACGCGAGCACGGGAUCGCACUGAUGGACGCGAAGCAUCUGUUCGUCUGGGAAUAGGAGACGUCGUCAACUUCGUGAUGGUCAAGAAUAGCUUGGUUGACGAGCCUGCGCGGAUGAUAUUCGACGAUGGAGAACUGAAGUUCAAGGGGAAGGGCGUAUAUCGCUUCUACCCCAGUGAUGCGAUAUGUGAGGAAUACGGCUUGCCACUGGGCAUUUACUGGGAAUCUAGAUAUGGAGUUGUCGUCGCUGUUUUCCAUGGAGACAGUGUCGCAACGGCGACUAUCAUACCCGAGUUCACGUAUAGUGGUAAAGGAGCCUGGAAAAAUAAGAACGAGACGGUUCCCCAAUCGCUAGCAUUUUGCGCGGAGCACAUCGGCAUCAUGAACCGAUCGCAGGUCGAUGCACGUAUGGCCUACGAGACCACGGUUACUAAUACGCGAAAUCGCGAUGGACCCGACAGUGCUAAGUACUCGCGCGGCACCACUGCUGCCCAGCCGAACCCCCAUCCAUACGCGCCAUGGGAUUGUGUCGCAACGAUUGAUCGGGAUUGUUCGCACAAACCAAAACGCAAUAGUCUAUUGAAACUAUCUGGCUUCAUUACGGUAUACGACGACGACCGUAUAACAAAGGUUGGAAAGCUAGAGGAUGCAAGUAGAGACUUCGUGCGAGACAUCUACUUGAAGUUCAUGACCAUCUCUACUCUCGGCAUGGAUGAGCGCCAGAACUUGGAUGUUGGCAGAUAUAGUUGGCUGAGGGGUCUUGAUCCAAACUUUCAAGCUCACCUGCCGUUCUGGACUCCCGAAUCCGAUGCUACGGGCGCCUUGACCCAAGACAAAGACAGGGCCUCUCCAGGAAAUGGUAUCCCGUCGUCACUUACAGGAUUGGCAAGAAGCGCUUCGGUGGAUCCCGGAAGCAGCUCUCCCAAUGAAUCCAGGGGAAGUACUUCCAUGGACUUGGAGAGCAGAACUCCUUCUGAAUCGGGAGGAAGCAGAACCGAGGAGGACUGGGGCGCAUCUGGAACAAGGAAGCGAACAGUCGAAGCAACGCAUGCGGCGUCAUCUCAGGAGCUCGAAGAACAUGAUCCUUCGGAAUCUGAUUCUUUGAACCUAGUGGACGACGCUUCUGGUACUCAGCCCGCGAGCGCUGAGGACUCUCAAGAGCGAGCGCAUAAGCGACAGAGGACUGACACGGCUGUUGAUGACAAAGGUGACGAUUUGGGGGAAACAGACUCUGUUGAGCAUGAUGAUCCUGCAAAGGGCGAGUAA